AUGGCCUCAAAGAGCUCAGCAUCAGCUGCCCUUUUCCUCUCCUUCAACGUUCUCUUCUUUGCUUUUGUCAGUGCCAAUGACAGACCUUGCCUUUGUACCCGUUGCUAUUGCAACCCAACUCCAAAUCCCAGACCCAGACCAACUCCAAACCCCAACCCUAGACCAACUCCCACAACUCCAAACCCCAACCCCACGCCAACUACAAACCCUAACCCUACCCCAACUCCCACAAAUCCUAAUCCUAAUCCUAACCCUAACCCAACUCCUGGAACUCCUCCCGGAACUCCUUCAGGUGGACGUGGUAGAUGCCCUAGAGAUGCACUGAAGCUGGGUAUAUGUGCCAAUUUACUAGGGUUGGUGAAUGUGGUUGUGGGAUCCCCACCAACACUCCCGUGUUGCUCUCUAAUCCAAGGGCUGGCCAAUCUUGAGGCUGCCGUGUGCUUGUGCACUGCCAUCAGAGCCAAUAUCUUGGGCCUCAUUCUCAACAUUCCUGUUUCCCUGAGCUUGAUCUUGAACGACUGUGGUAGAAGGGUCCCAAAUGGAUUCCAAUGUUAG